AUAAUGAUUUAGUUAUUUUAAGUUACCGGUUAUUGUAUAAAUACAAUAUUUGUUUACUUUUAUUAAAAUCAAUUUUAACCUAUCCUUCACUUGAAACAGUGUAUGUUCACCUUUAGCCAUCAUGGCGGCGACAAUUGGGAGGAUUUGUGGAGCAAAACUUUUAAAAUCUAAUCAUGGAAUCGCAUUAUACCAGAUUAAUAACUAUUCAACUGCUCAAAGGACGUGGUCCAAGAGUCAGAAAGUUUUCUUCACAACAGUUGGAGUAUUUGCUGGAAGUGCAGGAGCACUACUAUUUGCAUUAGAUCAAUCCGUAAAAGCUUCUGGAACAGAAGUUCACCCUCCUAAAAAUCCCUGGAGUCAUAAAGGAAUAUUCCAAUCCUUUGAUCACAGCAGUAUACGCCGUGGUUAUGAAGUGUAUAAGCAAGUAUGUGCAGCAUGCCAUUCAAUAAAAUAUUUAUGCUAUCGGAAUUUGGUUGGAGUUUCACAUACUGAAGCAGAAGCUAAAGCUGAAGCUGCAGAGGCGCAAGUGCAAGAUGGACCUGAUGAGCAAGGCAAUUAUUAUAUGCGUCCAGGAAAGCUGUCAGAUCCUUUCCCCUCACCAUAUCCAAAUGAAGAAGCUGCUCGAGCAGCUAAUAAUGGUGCUUUUCCACCUGAUUUGAGUUUUAUUACAUUGGCUCGUCAUGGAGGAGAAGACUACUUGUUUGCACUCCUGACUGGAUACACAGACCCACCAGCAGGUGUAAUUCUAAGGGAAGGACAGUAUUACAAUCCAUAUUUCCCAGGGGGAGCCAUUUCUAUGGCUCAAGCAUUGUAUAAUGAGGUUAUGGAAUAUUCAGAUGGAACGCCAGCCACUGCCAGUCAACUCGCCAAAGAUGUUUCCACAUUCUUGAAAUGGGCAUCUGAGCCUGAACAUGAUGAUCGUAAGAAAAUGACUAUUAAGGCUAUUGGAAUCUUUUCAAUGCUUUUUGCAUUGGCCUUUUAUCUGAAAAGACACAAAUGGACAGCACUUAAAUCACGUAAAUUUGAAUUCAAACCCCCUAGUAAGAAAUAAUUAGAUAAUUAUCUGUAGUUGGAUUUUUUGUGCGUCUAUGAUUGUUACCAUUUCAAUAAAGAUUGUCUUUGGCCACACUUGGUACUCCAUUAUUUUAUCUCUAGUAGAUAAUCAGUAUACUUUUUUUUUUGUUAUUUACUGAGAUGCCUAAAAUACCACAGUUUUCUCUUUAAUAUUUCAGCUGUAC